CGGAAACUUCAGAUACGAAAUAUCCCGCCUCACUUACAGUGGGAGGUGCUGGAUGGUUUACUAGUCCAGUAUGGAGUGGUAGAAAGCUGUGAGCAAGUGAACACUGACUCGGAAACUGCAGUCGUAAAUGUAACCUAUUCCAGUAAGGACCAAGCUAGACAAGCUUUAGACAAACUGAAUGGAUUCCAGUUAGAGAACUUCACCUUGAAAGUAGCCUAUAUCCCCGAUGAAACGGCUGCCCAGCAGAACCCCUUGCAGCAGCCUCGAGGUCGCCGUGGGCUUGGGCAGAGAGGCUCGUCAAGGCAGGGGUCUCCAGGGUCAGUGUCCAAGCAGAAACCAUGUGACUUGCCUCUGCGCCUCCUGGUCCCCACCCAGUUCGUUGGAGCCAUCAUAGGAAAAGAAGGUGCCACCAUUCGGAACAUCACCAAACAGACCCAGUCCAAGAUCGAUGUCCAUCGUAAGGAGAAUGCAGGGGCUGCUGAGAAAUCAAUUACUAUCUUGUCUACCCCCGAAGGUACCUCUGCGGCUUGUAAGUCUAUCCUGGAGAUUAUGCAUAAGGAAGCUCAAGAUAUAAAAUUCACAGAAGAGAUUCCCUUGAAGAUUUUAGCUCAUAAUAAUUUUGUAGGGCGUCUUAUUGGUAAAGAAGGAAGAAACCUUAAAAAAAUUGAACAAGACACAGACACUAAAAUCACCAUAUCUCCAUUGCAGGAAUUGACGCUGUAUAAUCCGGAACGCACCAUCACAGUGAAAGGCAAUGUUGAAACGUGCGCCAAAGCUGAGGAAGAGAUAAUGAAGAAAAUCAGGGAGUCUUAUGAAAAUGAUAUUGCUUCUAUGAAUCUUCAAGCACAUCUAAUUCCUGGAUUAAAUCUGAAUGCUUUGGGUCUGUUCCCACCCACUUCAGGGAUGCCACCUCCAACCUCAGGGCCCCCCUCGGCCAUGACUCCUCCCUACCCUCAGUUUGAGCAGUCAGAGACGGAGACAGUUCAUCUGUUUAUCCCAGCCCUGUCUGUUGGUGCCAUUAUCGGCAAGCAGGGCCAGCACAUCAAACAGCUUUCUCGCUUUGCAGGAGCUUCGAUUAAGAUCGCUCCAGCCGAAGCACCAGAUGCAAAAGUGCGGAUGGUGAUUAUCACUGGACCACCAGAGGCUCAGUUCAAGGCUCAGGGAAGAAUUUAUGGAAAAAUUAAAGAAGAAAACUUUGUUAGUCCUAAAGAAGAAGUGAAACUUGAAGCUCAUAUCAGAGUGCCGUCCUUUGCUGCUGGCAGAGUUAUUGGAAAAGGAGGCAAAACGGUGAAUGAGCUCCAGAAUUUGUCAAGCGCAGAAGUUGUUGUCCCUCGUGACCAGACGCCUGAUGAGAAUGACCAAGUGGUUGUCAAAAUAACUGGUCACUUCUAUGCUUGCCAGGUUGCCCAGAGAAAAAUUCAGGAAAUUCUGACUCAGGUAAAGCAGCACCAACAGCAGAAGGCUCUACAAAGUGGACCACCUCAGUCAAGGCGGAAGUAAAGGCUCAGGAAACAGCCCUCCACAGAGGCAGAUGCCAAACCAAAGACAGAUUGCUUAACCAACAGACGGGCGCUGACCCCCUAUCCAGAAUCACAUGCACAAGUUUUUACCUAGCCAGUUGUUUAUGAGGACCAGGCAACUUUUGAACUCCUGUCUCUGUGAGAAUGUAUACUUUAUGCUCUCUGAAAUGUAUGACACCCAGCUUUAAAAAAAAAAAA